CGAAAACGCUCAUUCGUGAUCGUCAAUUUGAAGUGUGAACAUCGUGAACGUACAAUCCUGUGCUCAUCAUGACUGGAAGAGGAAAGGGAGGAAAAGGUCUGGGUAAAGGAGGAGCCAAGCGUCACCGAAAAGUGCUGCGGGAUAACAUCCAGGGCAUUACCAAGCCCGCCAUCCGCCGUUUGGCUCGGCGCGGAGGAGUGAAACGUAUCUCCGGCCUCAUCUACGAGGAAACCCGUGGCGUCCUGAAAGUAUUUCUGGAGAAUGUGAUUCGUGAUGCGGUCACUUACACUGAACACGCCAAGCGUAAGACCGUCACCGCUAUGGAUGUGGUGUAUGCUCUGAAGCGUCAGGGCCGCACUCUGUACGGUUUUGGAGGUUAAAUUUAUCUCUAUAAAACUUCCAUGUGGAGUCUCAAAUCAAACGGUCCUUUUCAGGACCACAAUACAUUA